AUAAUUAAAUGCUCAUUUUGAGCUGAAUCCUGAAGAGUUGAGGGAGGCUGCGACAACAGGACAGGAAGUCACAGCUGCUUGCAAAACACCAGACUGACCAUUUGACCAUCAGGGUCUUAUUGACAUAAGCUGGGCCCUCUAGCAAAGGUUGCCAUGUGUGGGAGACGAGGACACAGCAUGGCCACCGGACGCCUUUUCGCUAUUUGCUUUCUUUUGUUCUUCAGCUUUUGCCAGAUCUCCGGAGUACUGCACAGACCAGCGAGCUCCAUCCUCAGGCAAGAUGGCAUAAUUGCUGUUUCUCACAGACUGCUCAGUGCCGGACACAGAAGAACAGUCUACACAGAAGACGGAAAAUUGUGUAAGUUUCCAUUUCGGCUAGGAGGACGCCUGCAUUUUUCCUGCAUGUCAGGUUUAAUCUUCAAUAAAAACUGGUGUGCUACAACACAUAACUAUGACCGAGACAAAGAAUGGGGGGUUUGUGUCACAAACACAAGUGUGGAAGUGGUUUUUAAGGACCAUUGUGCCAAGAAGCCUUGCCAAAAUGGUGGCACGUGUAGCAAUAUACCAUUUCUAAACACUCACUACUGUAGAUGCCCAGAGGAGUUCUCAGGACAUGACUGCGAGAUUGCCAAGUGCUUUGAUGAAGCUCACUACCAGUAUUACGAUAUUGGAGACAGCUGGGCCAGAAUUCACAAUGGAAGAGUGGAGCGAUGUACCUGUCAGAACAGCCAGAUACAGUGUUACACUGGAGAGCGAUACACAGCCUGCCUAUUGAACCCAUGCCAGAAUGGAGCAGCUUGUCGUAUAAUGAUCUCAACUGGGAGACCUGUGUGUGGAUGUAGAGGAAAAUUUGUAGGGAAAUACUGCAAUAUUGAUGUCAGGCAGAAUUGCUAUGAUUAUGACAACGCCACUGAAUAUCGAGGGGUUGUGAAGAAAAGCCUUUCGGGCUUCAACUGCCUCCGGUGGAAUUCAGACUUGCUCCACCAGGAGAUCCACGUCAACAUGUUGGAUGAUUAUAUGCGCAAAGGUUUAGGAUCCCAUCCAUACUGCAGGAGUCCUGAUGGAGAUAUGACCCCUUGGUGUUAUGUGCUUAAAGACAACUAUUUGUCCUGGGAGACCUGCCCUAUCCGUAUAUGUUCUGACAAGGCUCGAAGAAUUGUCAUGGAAGAUGACUUUGCGGUUACCACAUUUGCCUUGAAACCAAAGUGUGGGAAAAGACAUGAGAAGCGGGUUAUACUGCGAGGCCGAAUACUGGGUGGUCUUUCAGCACUUCCAGGAGCUCACCCCUGGCUGGCGGCUAUAUACAUUGGGCAAAAUUUCUGCUCUGGCACCCUUGUAAUGCCUUGCUGGGUGGUGUCAGCCGCUCACUGCUUCGCAGACAGCCCACGGAAAUCAACAGUGAGAGUGGUCCUGGGGCAACACUUCUACAAUGAAACCACAGACGUCACACAGACAUUUGAAAUAGAUAGAUAUAUAUUUUAUGACAAGUACUCGGUCUUCAAGCCCAAAGAGCAUGACCUUGUGUUAAUUAGGCUGAAAAGAAAAGAUAAUGCUUGUGCAAAGAAGACUCAGUUUGUGCAGACAAUCUGCCUGCCGGAUGAUGGCAUCACCUUCGAAGAUGGUCAUGAGUGUCAAGUGUCUGGAUGGGGGCGGAUGAAAGAAGAUGCCCAAGAUUAUGCCUAUGUUCUGCAGGAAAUCAAGGUGCCCUUAGUCCCGGAUAAUAAAUGCAGCAGCCCUGAAGUCUAUGGAUCUGAACUGAGUACAAACAUGCUCUGCGCUGGAUAUUUUGAUUGCAGCAAAGAUGCCUGUCAGGGUGACUCUGGGGGGCCCCUGGCCUGUGAGCAGGAUGGUAUCGCCUACCUGUACGGGAUUGUCAGUUGGGGAGAUGGAUGCGGCCAAUUGAACAAACCCGGAGUCUAUACCAAAGUAUCUAAUUAUGUGCAAUGGAUCAACAGCAAGAUCAUGCCAAAAAAAGCUGACAAAAAGAGAUGAAAGCUGCACCAUGUGACAUUUUCAGCUUAUUUUUUAUUUUAAAAGGAAACUAUUUCAGUAAAAUAAUUGUAGAAUGUGAACAGUA